UGUGGGCGGAGCUUGAAGAUCCGCAGUGACUUGGGGUGCGCAGAGGAAGGGGGUCCGAUCUACCUGCUGUCCCUGGCCUAGAACCUUUGCUCACACAGGCUUCUUUCCUUGAGGAUACCUUCCCUUCUUUCAGAGGUCAGUCCGGGUCACCUCUUCCCAGGCGCUUUCCUGGAGUAUCUGUCCCCUGCUCCUCAUCUUCCGGUGCUAUCUCAGACUCUGCUGACAGUUUUGUGGAUCCUGUUUACAUCUCUGUCUCCGCCACCAGCCAGAGAGCUCCACAGCGUGCAGAGGCUGAUUCAUCUGAGUCCCCAGUGCCCCAAACGGCCUGGCACAGUCAACAUCACUAAGUCUUUGUGCUUUAAAAGUUAGAGAAAAACCAAACUACACUGAGAUGCCAUUUGUCACCUAUCAAAUGGGCAAAAGUCAAGGUAUCAGUUAACAUGGUGUUGACAAGGGUGAGCAUAAAUGGGCACUCUCUAGUCCACUGACAGUGCAAAAAGUCCUAAGUCACCCUCUGAGGAGGUCAAGCUGGCAGUGAAUACCAAGAUGACAAAUAUACAUACUCUUUGACCCAGAAAUUCCACUUCUAGGAUUUUAUCCUAGAUAUGUUGGUCCAUGAGCAAAAUAAUAGAAGUUCAAGGUUAGCUGUAGCAUGCUUGCAAUGGCAACAGAUUAGAAACAACAUAAAUGCCCAUUGGUAGGGGACUGGUUACAUCAUUAUGAUAGAUUCAUACCAUGGAAUAGUAUGCAGCCAUGUAAAAGAAGGAGGCUCUUAAUAUACUUGUAUAGAAUCAUCUUCAUGAUCUUAUAUUCAGUUAAAAAAAAGCAAGGUGCAGCACAGCAUAUAUCGAAGGUUGCCAUUUGAGUGGAAAAGACUUAGGUAUGUUUAUUUGUGCAUGUAUUAUUUCUGGAAGACUGAGCAAGAAAGUGGUAACUCUGGUGGCCUGUGAUGAGGACGCUGUGGAGCAGGAAUAGGAAAGAGACUUAUUUUUCAGUGUAGCCUUUGGUACUUAUUAAUUUUGUGCCAGGUGUAUAUGUUACCUAUUCAAAAGAAUCCAUUAAAAUAUUUUUUAAGUAAAGGCAACCAUUAGGUUUCCUUCGGGGCACUCCAGGGUAAGAAAGGCAAAACUAAAGAAAGCACUGCCCAGGACUGCAGCUGGUGGGUUUGGCAGGAAGGCGUCCUCCCCCAGAUGCCACAGGUAAGGGGAUGGGAGCAAUCUGGUCAAGUCAAGACAGUGUGGAAAAAUCCCAUCUCCUCCACUGCUGUUUUCUCGCAAUGUUCAGCUCAGGUCCCAGGCCAGCAGCCUCCAGAAAGCCUCGUUGAAGGAUGGCGAGAAUGAGACUAGAGAUCAAACCUGUUGCAGAGGAAAAUGGCAGACUGGGCUGAAUCCUGACUUGUCCAGAGGUGGGAGGGCUUUUCAUUCAUUCAUCCAGUCAUCCACCCACAUAUUCACUAGCUAUUUGUUGAAUACCUACUAUACGUGUGAUGGUACAAAUAUGACCAAGGUCAACAGGAUCCCUGAUUCACAGCCUCGUAGGGGAGACAGAAAAACACACACGAACAAUUCCAAUUCAGUGUGAAGGAUGCUGUGACAGGUGAUGGUCAGAAGGCUGUGAGAGCUCGGGAAACUUUUCAGAGAAGAUGUUGUCUCAGCUGAGACGUGAAAGAAGAGGAGGAGGUAGCCAGGUCAAGCGUGGGAGCAAGAGUGUCCUAGGCAGAGGCUGGAAGGCAGGCAAGAACUUAGCAUAUUCAAAGGAUGGGCACAAGGUCACCAUUGAUGGAGCAUACUGAGCCAGAGAAAGCAUAGGAGAGCUGAGGUGAGUAGGUGGAUAGGCACUGGUCAUCAAGGGUCCUGCAGGCCAGGGUAAGAAGUUCAGAAUUCAUACCAUGAGUGGGAAGCCAUUGAAAGAGUUUAGGAAGUAGAUCUAUACAUUCAGAUCUGUUCUGGCUGGUGGCUGGAGAUGGGUGGAUCUUAAGGGGUGUCUUAGUUAGCUCGUGCUGCUAUAACAGAAAUACCACAAGCAGAUGGUUUUAAGAAACGGAACCAUAUUUUCUCACGGUUUAGGAGGCUAGAAGUCUGAAUUCAGAACACCAACGCUAGGAGAAGUCUUUCUGUUGGCUCCGGAGGAAGGUCCUUGUCUCUUCAGCUUUUGUUUCCUGGUUCCUUGGAGAUCUCCAUGUGUCUUGGCUUCUAUCUUACCCCAUCUCACCUCUGCUAAUUUAUUUAAUCUCUGUUAUUUCUCAAAAAAGAUUGACUCAAGAUACACUCUACGCUAAUCCUUCCUCAUUAGCAUAACAAAGACAACCCGUUCCCAAAUGGGAUUAUAACCUCAGGCAUAGACGAAUAGAGGUUAGGAUUUACAACACAUAUUUUUCAGGGACAUAAUUCAAUCCAUAACAGGAGGUAAGAGUGAGCAGAGAGAGGUCAACCAGGUGAGACAUGAAAAAAGAGACAUGAGGUUGGCUUAAAUGAGGGGGACAGCAGUGUGGGAGUAGGAGGGAGUGGACUGAGCCAAGAUUUAUGUUGGGAAUGGAGCCAUCAAGUCUUGAUUAUGGCUAUGGCCGGUGAGAGAGAGGGAGAGAUCUGGGGUGAUUCCUAGUAAUGGGAUGCUUCUAUAGCAGUGGUGGGACCAUUUGCUGCAAUGAAAAGACUAGGGAAGCAGCAGGUUUGGGGUAGGUGAAUCAAGAGCUCCAUUUGGUGUAUAUUGCAUUUGAGAUGUUUUUGGAAAUACAAAUAGAUAUCAAGCAGGAAGUUGGAUACAGGAGUCUGGAGCUCAGGGGAGAGGUCUGGGCUGGAAAUAUACAUUUGUGAGUCACCAGCAUAUAGAUGGUAUUUAAAGCCAUGAGACUGGAUGAGAUCACCUAGGGAGAGAGAUUAUAGAUAGAAAGAGAAAGUCCAAGGCUGAGCUGGGUAGAGUAGGAGGAACCCUGAAGAUUGGUGAGUGUGGCCCCCGUGCUUGGAGUCAGGGAUGGUACACUCUGCUGAGACACAGAAGGAAAAGAGAAGUAACCAUUAGAGUUGACAAGUUAAGAGGUCACUGGUGGACUUGACAAAGAUGGCUUUUGUGAAGUGGUGAGGACCAAGCCAGAUCAGGAAGGGCUGAAGACUAAAUUAAAGGUGAGGGAGUGGAGACUGCAAGUGUGGACAACUCCUUAGGAGGUAUCCUUCUAGACUGUCAAGAUGUGCAUCCUUGUGUGGUCCUCCCCGCAUGGUCCUCUGAGGACAGAGACCAUGCCCUGAUGAUUUCUACCUAAGCCAUAAAUGGAGCCUAGCCCACCAUAGAGCAGGAGCUCCUAUAGUUGUCUAAUGGUUGGAUGAAUGGAUGAUUGGAUAAUUCGCUGCUUGAGUCUAAAGGGCCUUCCUUUUCUGGUAGAGAGAGCAGCUGGAUUCUUUUGAGGCAAUGGAAGAAACUAAAAAAUCCACCCCAAAGGCUGAGAUGAAAAGACCAGGAAAGCAGCAGGUUUGGGGUAGGUGAACCAAGAGCUCCAUUUGGGAUAUACGGCAUCUGAGAUAUUUUUGAAAAUAUGAACAGAUACCAAGUAGGGCUCUGGACCCCUUCCUCCCAGCUAAGCCUGGGGAGCAGCUGCAGGCCUGGGCAAGGAGCCCUGGCCCUGAGUCAGGAGCCAAGUUCUGGUGUUAGAGUCCCUACUUCCCCUCACUGGCUCUGUGACUUGGGGCAAGUCGCUUCCUCUCUCUCAGAAGUGCAGGGAAGCUGCUCUCAUGAGCUGAUCCCAGUGGAGGCCACAUAUAUGUUAGCGCCCCUCCUCUCUCCUAUUUUCUUUCCUUUCUGGCUUGUUUUCUUGUUAGAAACUAGGAGCUGACCUUAGCGAGGGUUGGUGUGAGAAUGGGUGGGCUAGUAUUUUGGGGUCCCUGAGGGCAGGACAAAUGAGAUAUCCAGUGAGGAAGGUGCCUCCAUCUGUAGGACAGAGGACCUCACAUCCCACAGACACACACCCGGCUUUGAGGGAGUCAUGGAAAUGGGCCUGUCAGGGGCUAUUGGACAGGUCCCAGCCAGCUGAGGGAUCUGUACAGUCAGACCAAGGAGACCCUGAAGUGUCCUUGGGCUUGGGUGGGGCGGAGCACUUCUGUGAUAGGCAGGCCUACCUGCUAAUCAGAGUGGAGCUAACUCUUAAAAGCAGAGGAGGGCGCCCAGGAGUGGAAGGAGCUGUUGGAAAGUGACAAAUAGAGAAAAACAGGCACUAGAAAGGAAAAAUGGAGUGGCCUUUGGGGGAGCCCACGGGCCGCAGAAAAGGAAACUGAGACCCAGAGAGGGAAGCCUGCAAAGGCUGUCUAGAUGGCCAAGAGUCUUGCCCCAGGAUGGGCGAAGGAGCGUCCUGCUAACAAUCCCCCUGCCUGUUGUCCCCCACAGUGAUCUCUUUUCCUGUAGCACCAGACGCCACCCGUGGGGAGAAUCCGAAGGAAGGUCUGGAGACAGGGAGCUGAGGCUUCCUUGGUUAAGAGGUGAAACAAGCAGGCAGGAUUGGAUACUCCUGCCACCUAGUGGGGAAAGCCUGCUAUUUCCUUUGGUGCCGAACUCCAGGAUAGUCCUUAGCGGAGCACGAAAGAGACAGGGUUUAGAGGGUGGGGGAGACCCCUGUAUCCCUGAAUUUGCCAACACAGUGCAAGGAAAGACUCAGGGACGAAAAUACAUAGCCCCGAGAAGUGUGUAUUAUCCACAUUACUUUGCCCCUCUGUACCUUGGUUUCCUCUUCUGUAAAAUGGGGGUGACAACAGUACCUACCUCAGAGGGUUGUUGGGAUAGUUAACUAAGUCAAUCUGUGUAAAGUACUCAGCAUAGUAAUAAAGUUAAAUACUGCCUGUGGUAACUGGAGGUGUUUAGCCCUGCCCCCACCCCCAUGCGCCACUGUACAAAUGCAGGGUCCCUUAGCCCUGUUUUCAGAUUGCCCACCUCCUAGUUGUCACUUCUGGGGUCGCCAUGUUACUGUUUUUGCAGCAGCAGCAGCAGCAGCCCAAAGGUCCCAUUCUCUCCUCUCUGACCCAGGGGCUUGGGGGGAAGGUCCCAGUUCCUAGCACUUUCUCUCUCCCCUCACCCUACAGGUUGUGAUCAGAAUUGGUCUGGGCUGUGACAUCAUAGAGCCCCACCCCUAGGGUGAGAGCUGAGGGGUCAUGAAGCCAAGGCUGUGGUCAUUGGUGUGGCUGUGCCUGGCUGGGCUGGGGGCCAUAGAAACAGCCCCCAGGCCAGAGAGGGCCGAGACCUCAGCCCCAGGAGCAGAGUCUCUGCCCUUCAUAGACAGACCUGACUUCUUCGAUUAUCCCGACUCUGACCAAGCCAGGGUCCUGGCCCUGUCCCAGUUUAUUGGAGAGAAACCUGUCAUCUUUGCUAACUCAGGCUCCAGCUCCGACUUCUUCCACCACAUUAGGGUGGCUGCCCUGAUGCUGGCCUUCUUCUUUCUCCUUUUCCAGUUCUGCAGCCACAUGAGCUGCCAGAAAGGGGCCUGAAGAGCGGAUGAAUGCCCUGGAUGGGUCCUGAAAGGCCGAAUCCACCUCUUCUCCUGCUGAUAAAUAAAGUCCUGGUUUGCUUCUGUCAGUGAGCACCCAGCAGGCUUUUCCCUCUCUUAUGGGAAUCUGUUUCUUCUCCCCAGGCAGCCAGCCCCCAUUGCCCAGACCCCUGCCUCGCUUCCAGCCCCAAAGAACUGAGUGCAGAAAGGGCCUGGUGGCAUCACGCAGGUCAUCUUUAUUAGCGGUCUGGAAAGCACCUCCCAGGACCCCCGACCCCAGACCAGAGAAAGCCUUGAGGGGUCUGUAGCACCAGGGACAUGCCAGGGCCCGAGGACAAGAUGUGCAGCCUACAGGUGGGGCGGCAGGGGGCAGCCAUCUUCCUCCCCCCAGCAAACUAGUUUGGAUUUGGGCGAAUAAAUAAAUAAGACUCCUCUAGGCUGGCCUCCCCUGGAGAGGAGCUGUGGGGGCAGCCAGCUCUGUGAGACCCAGUCCUCUGCCACCCAAAUGACAGGGAGCUGAGAGGUGGGGCAACAGAGGGCUGAGAUGUCCUUGGUGGGUGGGGGCCACCCAUAUUCUUUGACCCCUGCCCCACUCAUAUCCCUGUUGGGCUCUCCACAAGCUCUCAGACCCUAAGUGGAUGGGAAGUGGGGCUUCCUUCUGCUUUUCCUUCACUUCUCCAGGGCACCCAGAGUGGGUGAUUGGAGUAGGGGCUGCACAGGAAGGUGCUGUGGGGAGAAAAGGUCCCCUCCCACCUUCUCUCACCUGAUCCCGGACCCUCAGCCCCUGAGGGAAGGUGCUCCCUUGCCCUUCUGAGUCCACCUGUCAGUCCUGGGGCUGUCAGGGCUAGAGGCCCCUGGCUCCCAACCCCCACCCAUCAGUCCCAGAGGCCUGUCCCCACAGGAGG